UCUCCUCUGAUGUCCUUCUAUUUCUCACCAUUCCUUAAUUUUUGGCAUCACUUCUAUAAAUUUGACAUCUGCGGAACAUUUUUUUUUGAAUCUCGGGACUAUAAUGAUAUUAAUUGGGACGGCCUGAUUGAUUAUCUUGUCGAUGUUGACUUAAGUAGUUUAUAUAAUACGUCUGAUAUUAAUUUACAGCUUUCGUUUCUAAUUUAGCUUAUUGUUAAUAUUUUUCAUUUGUUCCUAUCGUUAGAAAACGUUCCAUUGAUCCGUGGUCGAAAAGCAAUUCUAUAAUAUUAGCGAGCUCUUUGCGUGAUAUUGCGUACACGAAUUAUUUAAAAUUUCCUACGCAGCAAAAUAAGGCGGUGUAUCGAACAAAGCAAAGUCUAUUCUUAGAAAGUAGCGUAAAAAAUAUUAUGAACAACUUUUCAAUGUACUAGAUGCCACUCAGGUCUGGAGACAACUUCUUACCGGUGUUAUCAUUGACAGGGACGACAACCUCUCAACUGACUUUGAUGUUAAUGUUUUGAACGAAUAUUUUACUUAAAAAAUGGUUUUUCCCAUCAUCAAAAUGAACACUAUUGAGAAUUUGAGACAUUUUAGUAUACUACAGCCGCUUUCUAAAGUUGCGGAACAUCUCAUAAGACUGCAGAUUCAAUCAUUUAUAGAUGACCGUAAUUCAUGUAAAUUAAUUGCUUCUUAUUUAUCUGGAAGUUCUCAGUAUGUUUCAUGUAAUGGUAAGGCUUCUAGAUUACGUAAUAUUUACAACGGUGUACCUCAAGGUUCAAUUUUAGGUCCGCUUCUUUUUGUAUUAUAUGUUAACGAUAUUAGUAGUAUCCUAUCUAAUUGUGGUUGUCAUCCGUUUAUGUACGCGGACGACAUUCAUUUAUUUUUUAAUGGACAAUCAAGCUUCUAAUUAGAGAAUAGCAUAAAUACAACAUUAGGUUAUAUUUCACGUUGGUUGAGUAAUAAAAGUCUAGUAGUAAAUGUUUCUAAGGCGAAAUCAAUGAUAUUUGGCCCCCCUAGUCGACUGAAUUGGAGUAUUAACAUACAAGUUAAUGGUGUAGCAGUGGAUUUUGUUGACCGUAUAAAUUGUUUAGGUGUUGUCCUUUAUAUGUUUAUGUUUUCUAUUACAAGCAAUAGCCAUAUAAAUACAUUUUUCUUGGGCUGGGGAGCCUAGUUGACAAUAUUUUUUAUAAAUAAUUUCAUAUGUUACUUUAUGAUACGCUAUGUAAUAAUUUUAAAAUAUGUUUUUUUAUUCCUAUUAUUGAGUACACUUUGGCUUUUUCAUUGCAACAUAUAAAUAAAUAAAUGAAAAGUUUGCAAACAAGGAAAAUGGCCGGACUUAACUUGGUAUGUCCUAUCUGCGCGGAUGAAUUUCAAAUGCAGGAUGAUGUGUAUAGCACCAACUGUGGUCACCUCUACCAUUUCAGUUGCAUGCAGCAAUGGAGAAGCCGAUCAACCAUCUGCCCUCAGUGUCGGCAUCAGAAUCCUUCCACACAUAAAAUAUUCCUACUUGGUAAUACGACUUCCACUCCUUCUCCCCGUAAAGAAAAUUUAGAGGUCUUGAAGAUGAAAUUAGAAUCCAGUAUCGAUAAAAUAAAUGAAUUGCAAUCCCAACUUGAUCUGACUGAGGUGAAUUUUCUCCAUAUGCAAGAACAGUUUACAAAGGAACGAGAAAUAAAACAAAGCAUUGAACGAAAACUGGCAGAAUACAAAACCAACGACGACAACUUUUUGAGUCUACAUGCUCAGUAUUCAGAGUCAGAGGACCGUAUAAAAGUGCUGCUGGAAGAAAAUGGUCGCUUAGCGGUAGAUAUUAGAUGCAAAUCAGAUGAGAUCGAUUCCAAAAAUGUCGAAAUUUGUAUGUUGAAAAAGCAGUUGGAUACCGCACUUCAAGUUGACCAAAUUGAAAAUGGUAAUGGGAGUUCUCGUAUUGAAUUUCUUGAACGGCAAAAUUACCUUUUAUGGAAAGAACUCGCUAGGAAAAGUAUAGAAAUAUUGGAACAGAAAGAUAAAAACCCGUCAUCGUCAGAAAUAGUCGUAAAAUCAUUAAAGCAGAAACUACAGCAUAUCACAGAACAACUGGAAAAAGAAAUUAAUACAAGCACACAGCUUGCUAUAGAUAAAAUAAAUUUAAAAAGUCAAAUUCAACUUAUGCAACUGCAAUCCAACAAUAACGAGCAGGCCACCAAUACACCACAAGAACUGCGAAUGGGUACAAACAAGAAGGAACCCAAUACAGACAUGCUUGACAUUACUUCGGUUGCUCCAGCAACUGAAGAUUGCGUUCAGGAUAACGAAUCGAAUAGUGGUGUGGUGCUUCAAAAAUUUCCCUAUAGAGAAAUUCAAUAUCCUUUGGAAGAAUUAAUAGUUUCAAUUGGAUCAAAAAUGAAUAUACAUCUACUACCAGAAGAUGUUUUAAUAGUGAGGAUUUUAGAUAAAUUUACAACAAGAACAUUGCCUACAACUGUUUGCAUUCAUGUAGUUUUUACAAAAAACAGUCUAAAGCAUUGUUUUAUUGCUCAACAACGAUUGUUGAGACCUUUCUUCGGAGGUAUCGCCAUAAAGGAAUACGUCGACCGAGAUAUAAAUGGGUUAUUCUUGUAUGCUAUAAAAAACCUACGUGGUGUAGCCUUUGAUAGUAUUACAAUGUGCAAUAAUGUUGUUAUUGCAAAAAAGAAAUCACAGGACGAGAAUGGUGUAGUUAUUAAUAGCAGAGAACAAGUUGAUGAACUGCGCAAUAAAAACUAUUACAAGAUAACCGUAUAAAACUCAAUUUUUUUGUAAACUUCAGAUGAAAAAUGAAAUAUAUCUUAAU